UCCGUUUGCUGUAGUCAUUUUGGUUGUCUUAUUUACUUAAAUCAUAUGUGUCGUGUAGCUCACAAAUGGACUGUUGCAUUGUGUCUGCAUUGUGGUGCUUUGUGCCACUUUAUGUACUCUUUCACGUUUUGUGUUUCAUUUUCGCGGAUGCAGACUUCACUCUGUUGUGGGCAAGUGUGAUAGGACACAGGCCAGAGACCAAGCUGAAAGGACUGGUAGUGUGGGUCACUGGAGCCUCCAGUGGUAUUGGAGAGGAGCUGGCCUACCAGCUCGCGAAGUGUGGGUCACGUCUCAUCCUGUCUGCUCGACGUGAGGAUGAGCUAAACAGGGUGAAACAUCGCUGCUUAGAUUACUCCGACCUGCAGAAUGAAGAUAUUCUUGUUCUUCCACUUGAUUUGUUGGAGAGGACAUCGCAUGAGGAAAAAACAAGAGCCGCAGUCCAAUACUUUGGACAUAUUGAUAUCCUAAUUAACAAUGGCGGCCGAAGCCAGCGCUCUCUAUUCUUGGAGACCAGUAUUGAUGUGUACCAGGCCUUGAUGGAACUCAAUUUCCUGGGUACGGUCUCCAUCACCAAGCAGGUGCUGCCUCACAUGACGCAGCGAGGAACUGGGAGCAUUGUGACUGUCAGCAGCGUGGUUGGUCUCGCUGGGGCGCCCCUGGCAACAGGAUACUCUGCCAGCAAACAUGCUCUUCAGGGUUUCUUUAAUUCCCUUCGAACUGAGCUGACCGACUAUCCAAACAUACUCAUCAGCACAGUGUGUCCAGGGCCUGUGCAGUCACAGAUUGUACACAAUGCCUUCACACAUGAGCUGAACAAGCCUGUGGCCACAGCUGGUAACCAGGAACACAAGAUGCCAACAAGUCGCUGUGCACGUUUAAUGCUGGUGGGAAUUGCCAACGGUGUCAAGGAAAUGUGGAUCGCUCAGCAGCCCUUCCUCCUGUUCUACUACGCCUGGCAGUACACUCCCACAUUUGCCUGGUUUAUCACGAACCUGUUGGGCCGGAAAAGGGUGCAGAAUUUCAAAGCUGGUUUGGAUGCAGACUCUGCAUACUUCACCAAGCCGAAGACCUCCUGAAAGUCCCCUUCUGAAGAGGAAAUGUGUUUAUUGCAUUCCCAGUGUUUGACCUGGAUAGUGAGAGAUGGGUUUUUUCCUUCAUUUAGAAGGAAAACGUUUAAGGACACAACUGCUUCAAAAGCUUUGAGCUCUCUUCCCAAGGCAUGGCAGCGUCUGACAAACGUGUACAUUUUUACUCUAAUAUGCCUUCAUCUCAAAUGUAAAUCCUAUAAUUUACUGUGUUUUUGUGACAACAAUCUUCAGAUUAUGUGAACUUGAACUUCUGGCACAGAACCUUGGUAAAUUUAUCACAUAAGGGCUAAUGACUACAUGUAAGAACAAUGAAGCACUUGCACUAACCUUUUGAAUGGCUAUUAAAAUUCUGUUUUAUGUCCUG